CCCGAAUUCCCAUUUAUUAUCACGAAACUUCCAUUUUCCUUCAUCGGAAGAACAAAAGAAAUAAAGAAAUCUCUCUCUCCAUCUUCUUCUCCAAUUUGCUCUCAUUCGAACCCUAAUUCUCGCUAUUUGGAAACCCUUCAGCACUCCUGAUCUUUGCAGCUAUGGCAUCUGGAUCGUCGGGUAGGCCUAACUCCGGUUCCAAGGGAUUCGAUUUUGCCACAGAUGAUAUUCUCUGUUCGUAUGAGGACUACAGUAACCAGGACUCAUCCAAUGGCAGCCAUGGCGAUCCAGUGAUCACUUCUAGCUCCGGCAAGGAUUUCCACAAUGGCCGAAGGGGAAGAUCAUCAAUGUUUCCUGGUGCUACUUAUAGCCAGCCAGAAGAUUCUUUCAACCAAGAUCUGGUUUCUGCUGUGGAAAAGAGCUUGAAAAGAAAUGCUGACAACCUCAUGAGAUUUCUUGAAGGCAUUAGCUCAAGGCUUUCACAGUUGGAAUUGUAUUGCUAUAACCUUGAUAAGUCAAUUGGGGAAAUGCGAUCUGAUUUAAUUCGUGAUCAUGGAGAGGCCGAUUCAAAACUAAAGUUUAUUGAGAAACACCUUCAAGAAGUUCACAGGUCUGUACAAAUCCUAAGAGACAAACAAGAGCUUGCUGAGACUCAGAAAGAAUUGGCAAAACUUCAACUGGCACAGAAAGAAUCUUCUUCAUCCAGCCAUUCCCAAUCCACUGAGGAUAGAGCUUCACCACAAACUUCAGAUCCCAAAAAGACUGAGAACACUGCUGAUACUCAUAACCAACAAUUGGCUCUUGCCCUGCCUCAUCAAGUAGCACAAUCGCAGCAGCCUGUGGCAGCUCCCCAUCAGGCUCCAUCUCAGAACGUGUCUCAGCAACAAUCAUAUUAUUUACCUCCACCUCAGAUGCCAAAUCCACCAACUCCAGCACAACACCCUCAGAGUCAAUAUGUGACUUCUGAUUCUCAGUAUCGGACCACCCAACUGCAAGACCCUCGAGUGGCACCACAGCCUGCACAGUCUCCAGUAAAUCAGACACCACCAAUCCAGCAAUUCUCUCAGUAUCAGCAGCAAUUGCCCCAACAGUUGCCUCAGCAAGUGCAAUUGCCCCAACAGCCUCCAAUGCAAACUCAGGUUAGGCCACCAUCAACUGUCUACCCUCCCUAUGCACCAAGUCAGCCUGGGAACCAACCUCCACCCCCAGAGAAUCCAAACAGCAUGUCAAUGCAGGUGUCAUAUUCUGGUAUUCCUCAACCAGGAACUAGUCGCACUGAUACUGUGCCUUUUGGUUAUUCUGGCGCUGCUAGAGCAGCUCCACAGCAGCAGCUUCCACCUCAGCAAAUUAAGGGAGCUUAUGGAACACAACCUGUUGAUGGAUAUGCAGCAUCUGGACCACACCCUGCUCUUCCUCCUGGAAGUUCAUAUAUGAUGUAUGAUAGCGAAGGCAGCAGAGCUCAUUACCAAUCUCAACCUCAACCUCCUCACUUCACCCAAGGUGGAUAUCCUCCAUCGAGUGCCCCUCUUCAGACUCCACAAAACGCAGGCCCUAAUCUUAUGGUCCGGAACCCACAGUUCAUGCGGAACCAUCCCUACGGCGAGUUGAUUGAGAAAUUGAUGAGCAUGGGGUUCAGGGGUGAUCAUGUUUCAAGUGUCAUUCAGAGGAUGGAGGAGAGUGGUCAGCCCAUUGAUUUCAAUUCGGUGCUGGACCGGUUGAAUGUGCACUCUUCAGGGGCUUCUCCUCAGAGAGGAUGGUCAGGUUGAAAAUGUUUUGCUAUCAUAUCUGACCUCCAAAUUUCAGUGGUAAUCAUUGCGUGUUUUAUUAUGCAUUGAAUAAAGGCUGAUAUAUCGUCCACGGUGCUCUGGUGUAUAUGGUUUGAGUCAUCAGGGGUAUUGUAUAUCUAUUACCUCAUUCCAAGGCCUUCUUGGUAUUGUAUUUAAGGCCCUGCUUUUAAUUGUCGGAAUAGAACACACUUUCUGUUAGAUGACACUUCCCUCAUUUCCUUUUUUUUUGUCGCUUUUUUUCUUCUCUGACUAAUCUGUGAACCAGCCAGCUUGGUGUGUGGGGUAGCUUCAUAUGAAGUUUUAUAGUAGGAUCCUCCACUUACUGGUACUAAAUUUCCUUCUUACGUUUUA